AUGGCUCCCCAAUAUCACAGCUCAUCUGGCUCCAGCAGCGCCGGUGAGAGAAUCUACCACGAUUCGCGAAGAGAACCUCGAGAGCGCAAAGAGCCUCGCAAGCCCGUCAAACGUGAAGUCGUCGUCAUUCACCACAACACCGUUACCCGCGACGAGACCAGAUCCUCCGGCAUGAGCCACAACAGAUGGAGGUGA